GUCCAACCCGUUGGCGUCCCGUGACCAAACCCACGCGCCCACCUGACCGGCAUCGGCAUGGCAUCACCGCACCCACGCGGCCACGCCCACACCGCCUGCCUCCUAUCAAAACCGCCACCGCCCCCACGCCGAACCGUCGUAGCCACUCCCGUCCGUCUGGCCAGGCAUCGUCUCCGACUCCCGUGACUCGUCGCCGCCCCCCGCUAGCUCCAUGAUUGGGGGCGCCAAGCCGCUCGCGGCGCCGCUGCUCGGCGCGACGCCCCCCGCUGGGCGCCGCCUCGCCACCGCCGCCUGCGCCCCGGACCCUUCCCCAGCUCUCGCCACCGCCGCUGCCCAGAGCCCGGGCCAGUCCGACCGCGCCCCGCCACCGCGGCCGCCGGAUGAGUCCGCCGCCUCAUCCACGGCGCUGCGGGGCACCUCACAGCUCAGCCGGUGGUCCCGCGCGCGGGCGCUCCGCUCGGGCCGGCGGCUGGGGCUGGACCGCGCGGCGGUCUCCUUGGCGCCGCCGACGAUGCCCCCGCCCACGCCGUCGCUGGUGCCCGACGUUGCUGCGGGGGCGGCGGAGGACGACGACGACGACCUGUGCGACGCCGAGAGGGACGCGGUGGCCGGGAAGGCCAUCUACAUGGUGUCGGACGGGACCGGCUGGACGGCCGAGCACUCGGUGAACGCCGCGCUCGGCCAGUUCGAGCACUGCCUCGUCGACCGCGAAUGCUCCGUCAACACCCACCUCUUCUCAGGGAUCGACGACAUGGAUAGACUUCUUGAGGUAAUAAAACAAGCAGCAAAAGAAGGGGCACUAGUUCUAUAUACCCUUGCUGAUCCUUCGAUGGCUGAGGCAACUAAGAAGGCCUGUGAUUUCUGGGGUGUUCCAUGCACUGAUGUUCUUCGACCUACGGUUGAAGCCAUUGCUGCUCAUAUUGGUGUUGCUCCAUCUGGGAUUCCACGUAGUUCUCCUAGUCGAAAGGGUCAACUAACUGAGGAUUACUUCCGGCGAAUUGAGGCCAUUGAUUUUACCAUCAAACAAGAUGAUGGAGCUCAGCCACAGAAUCUCAACCGUGCAGACAUUGUACUUGUUGGUGUUUCACGUACAGGGAAGACUCCAUUGUCUAUAUAUCUAGCUCAGAAGGGAUACAAGGUAGCAAAUGUCCCCAUUGUGAUGGGAGUGAAUCUUCCAAAGGCUCUUUUUGAGAUCAAUCAGGACAAGAUUUUUGGAUUGACGAUAAAUCCAGUGAUUCUUCAAGCAAUUAGGAAGACAAGGGCCAAAACUCUAGGUUUUGAUGGGUACACGAGCAAUUAUGCUGAAAUGGCGCAUGUGAGGCAGGAGUUGGACCAUGCAAAUCAAAUUUUUGCUCAGAACCCAAUGUGGCCAGUCAUUGGAGUCACUGGAAAAGCUAUAGAGGAAACAGCUGCUGUGGUUGUAAGGGUUUACCAUGACAGGAAACAGAAAUGCUCCAUGCCACGCAUAUCCAAACGGGUGGCUCCAGUUCUAGUCUACGAUUACCGGUCAGGUGGUUAACACUCAUGUCGAGUAUCAAAGAGUCUAUUCUGCUGCAGUGCAGAUAUAUCGAAAUUCCACAAUUCAUCAAGUCCGGCAAUUUUUUACGUCUACCGACUAGAUUAGUGCCAUAUGCAUAGAGUGCCAUAUUCAUUCAUGAGGGUUCCAAAUUCUCCUAGAAAGAUCACCCAUCUCGUGAUCUACGUGUGUCAUUCUUUGUUCGUUCAUUCAGUUUAGGUUCAUCGAAGAUAUGUAUCACUUCAAGAAAUUGACAUUCGAGGAGACAAUUGGUUAUCGCUGUAAA